UGCCUCCCUCGUUCGUCCGGAGGAAAAAACCAAACCCUAAUGAAACAAUUACGCCGCCUCCUGUCUCAUCUAUGGUUAUUAUCAUCAAUGGCAACAACAAAAUCGCUGCGGCAAAUGGUUUCAUAACAGCGAAAAGUAAUUGCACUGUGAUUUUUCCUCUUAAAUGUAAAAUUAUGUGGUCAUACUCAUCUAUCAGUUCAAGAUUCUAUUGGAGAUCCAACCUACUAUUUGGAGCAGCUCGGAGAGAAAGAGGCCGAGAAGCCGAUGACUUGAGAAGCUGCACUUUUUCCUUCACACUUAAACCGACUACUUUCGUGAAGUACCCACAUUUUUUCCCCUUAGAAGAAAUAAAAUUAAAAUUAAUCAGUGGAGAGACUAUGAAAUGCAGUACCACAUGGUUUGAGAAAUUACUUAAUACUUAAUACAUAAUGUAAAAUUGUUAUUUUUUAUAAUGAGAUCUGCCUUUGUUGUUCAUUAAUUUGCAUUUUCUCUCUUCCUGCCUCACCCAUCUUAGCUAGUAGUAUCAAUUUGUUGUCACAGAAAAUCUUACUUGGAUCAGUUGCAAACUUGCAACCAGAGCAGUUUGUUGAAUUAGAUGUAUUCUCAUUUUGAAGGAAUUAGGGGCCAAGAUUUUAUACCAAUCCAAGGACACUAGUUAAGGGAUAUCCUAUAGGACAUUGAAGUUACCUAAAUGCCCUUCUAGUAAAAAAAACAAAAACCAAAUCAAAAACAUUUCAACCCAUUUCAACUCUUCUUCUUCUCAUGUUCCCCUUCUCUCCCUAUUGUGGAGGAAAAAAAAAUUCCUCCUCGUUCAAUUCAACUCAUCAUCGCCGUGAAUCGUAAAAUCAAAACAUCGUCGAUUCGUUUAUAAAACAAUGGGUAAGGAUGAUGAACACCACAGACCUAAAACUAAAAACGUUGCUCGCGGUAUCGAUCCAAAAAUUGGAAUUUUGGCAAGAUAUAAAGAGAUUGUUGCUGAAAAUGACGAAGAACACGAAGCCGCGGAUUUAGUUGGUGGUGGCGAAUCUGAUAGUCAAACACUCCGGCAACUUCAAAUGGCCCCAAUUAGACAAAGUCGAGCUAAGCAAGCCCCCAAAACAGGCGACUUAAGGCCUCGUCGAGAAGGGAGUAAGAAAGUGACAGCUAGUGUUAAGAGGGAAAGGAGUGCCAAGGUUAAUUCAAGUGCUCAACCAAGUGUAGAACCACAAGGCAGUGAACAAGGUGUGCAACCAAGUGCUGAACAAGCCACUCAACAAGGUGUAGAGCCAACUGGUCCACAAGGCAGUGAACAAGGUGUGAAACCAAGUGCUGAACAAGCCACUUAACAAGGUGUAGAACCAACUGGUCCACAAGUUACAUCCCACCGUGAAAUUGAACCAAUUGACCCAGUGCCAACUGUACAAGAAGAAGGUCAACCAAGUGGUACCCAAAAAGUCAAAAAAACCAACAAAGGAGAAGCAGGUGAAAAAAUGGAUAUUGCUAAGAAAGGCAAACAUCUUGUCCCUGAGCAUUUGAAGGUGACGAAUAUUCCAGCAGGUAAAAUCCUUGGGCUACUGGCGGAUAGAGGAAAAUUGCUAUUUGGAUACAAAGACUCCUGGGCCAAAGACAUAUACGAAACCGAGUAUUAUCAAGAUGCGAUUCGUCUACUCAAACCCACCGCCGCACCAGCAAAAAUGCUUGAUUGGCCUUUAUCCGGUGAAUGUGAAAGGUUCAAGACUAUUAGCCAACUCGGGGUUAGCUGCUGCUGCCGAGAAUUCAUAUUUGGAACAUGAUCGUGUGGCUAUAUCUGCGUUCGUGGAGAGAAUGUAUCCCGAGACCGACACCUUUCAUAUGCCGUUUGGAGAAAUGACGAUUACACCUGAUGAUGUUCUGCAGAUUCUUAACCUCUCUGACCAAAGCACAGCUGUGAAGUUCAACUACAGAAAGCAAUUAUCUUGGACUGUACUUUAUGCUCUAACUAAAAUUGCUUAGGUUGGGAUGAAGAAACAUCAAUACAAGAUUUCAUGAGGCAUGCAAGUUACAGAACUAGACAGAUCAACAUUAGCGUUUUGAUGGAUAUGUACCGAGGCACCUUGGAUAAAGAAAAUAAGGGAACGUCAACCGAUGAGCAAGUGGACCACGCGGCGACCGCAUAUCUCCUUUGUGUAUUGGGAUGUGUCAUUUUCCCCAAUACUUCUGCAACCGGAUCGAUGCCAACCUUAUACAACUUUUGGAUC